AGAACGACUGCCAGUCGCACUUUCCCUCGGCAAGCGGUAUCAGACUUUCCUCGUCAAGGCACUGAUAUCGCAAUGGCGGACGAGUCGGCAAAGACAGAACACGCCAGCGAAGCGGCGCAGGCUCCCGCGACCAGCGACGCGACCGGCUCUGGCACCCCAGCGCCUCAGACGCAGCCUGCAGCGCCCGCCGACACGCAGACCCCCCAAAAGGAUAUUGUCAUGUCCGACGCGCCAAUUGAUCAAGCUGCGUCCCCAGCUCCAGCAGCAGUUGCGCCCAGCCCAGCCGCAGCAAGGACGGGAACUCCUGCGCAAGGCUCGCGGGCGCCCUCGGUUCAUCCAGAAGCAGGUGUUACCAUGCCUUCAGAAGCCGCACCGCACGGCGAUCCGACUCGACGUUAUUUCAACAGUAAGGUGACUGGGGUACUGCUCGAGGGUAUGAAGCAGUUGGCGAAGGACCAACCCCCUGAUCCUCUACGGGUACUAGGCGAAUACCUUAUUCAGAGGUCCAAGGAACUUGAGGGGACGAGCUAGUGCAUUUAUACGUGCAAGGGUGGAGGGCACAUCGGUUGCAUGAGCGGGCGUUACAGGAUGGGAUAAACGGAAAAAGCUCCAGAGAUACCCCUCCGGCAGCAACAAGAGAGCAACGAGAGUAACGGGACACUUUGAUUGUAGCCAGGGGCCUUCAAUUAUGGGCCUGUGGACUACUUCUCGGCCUUGCAGACCAUGGAAACACGCAUCAUGC